AUGACAUCUGAACAUGUUGUCUCCACUAUCUUGGAAAACGUCGAUGGAAUAACUAAUUUAGCUCAGCGAGCUUUGAAAAUUAAGGAUGAAGCUAAUCAAUUUUUUCAUGAUCAAGCAUACGAUGUUGCCAUUGAAUUAUAUACGAAAGCAAUCGAACUGGAUGAUCAGCAAGCCUUAUUUUAUGGCAAUCGCAGUAUGGCUUACUUGAAGAAAGAAUUAUAUGGUAGCGCGUUAGAGGAUGCAAAUGUGGCCUUGAAACUGGAUCCUGGUUACACCAAGGGUUAUUAUAGGCGUGCGACAGCUUAUAUGGCUUUAGGAAAAUUGAAACUUGCUUUAAAGGAUUAUGAUACGGUACGUAAAACAUUACCAAACAAUACUGACGCUAAACGGAAAUAUGAUGAAUGCCAAAAGUUGAUGCGAAAGAUAGCAUUUGAGAAAGCAAUAUCAGUGGAUCAUGACAAACGCAGCAUCGCGGAAUCUAUAAAUAUUGAUACAAUUGAAGUAGAAGCAACAUAUGACGGGCCCAUUCUUGAGGAUGAUAUUACGUUAGAAUUUAUGAAGCAAUUAAUUGAAACGUUUAAAGCAGAAAAGAAACUGCACAGAAAAUACGCUUAUAAGAUACUUUUGGAAAUUAGGCGAAUGUUUGGUGAAUUACCGACACUUGUAGAAAUCACAGUACCACCGGGGAAGAAAUUUACUAUUUGUGGUGAUAUUCAUGGACAGUUCUAUGAUCUAUGCAAUGUGUUUGAUUUAAAUGGACUACCUUCAGAAACAAAUCCAUAUCUCUUCAAUGGUGAUUUUGUUGAUCGUGGCUCAUUCUCAGUUGAAACGAUAUUUACUUUAUUUGGAUUUAAACUUUUAUAUCCAGAGCAUUUCUUCAUGUCACGAGGUAAUCACGAAAGUGAUGUAAUGAACAAAAUGUAUGGUUUUGAAGGUGAAGUGAAGAGCAAAUAUACAAGUCAUAUGGCAGAUUUCUUUACGGAGAUCUUUGAUUACUUACCGCUUUGUCACUUAAUUAAUAAUAAAAUAUUUGUUUGCCAUGGAGGUUUGUUCAAAGAUGAUAACGUCACUAUGAACGAUAUAAAAAAAACAAAUCGGGUUCGUCAACCACCGGAUGAUGGUAUAAUGUGUGAUUUGCUAUGGUCUGAUCCCCAAGAUAUAGAUGGUAGGUCAGCAUCGAAACGUGGAGUUGGUUGCCAGUUUGGUCCUGACGUGACACAUAAGUUUUGUGAGGCAAAUGGUCUCGAUUAUGUUAUAAGGAGUCAUGAAGUGAAACCGGAAGGAUACGAACUUCAUCAUGAUGGUAAAUGUAUCACCGUAUUCAGUGCACCAAAUUAUUGUGAUACUAUGGGAAAUAAAGGAGCAUUUAUAACAAUAAGAGGUGAUAAUUUAACGCCUCGUUUCACUUCCUUCACUGCAGUCGAUCAUCCUUCAGUGACUGUACUGCCAACUUUGUCACCACUGGCACAGCGGCGAAUUCUUUCAGUUUUGAAUGAUUGCCCCAAAAAUAUGGAGAGUGGAGGAGGAGCUGUUGCAUUUAUUAGAAAUGUGGAACCAAUAUUACAAAAUGGACCCCAAUGUGGUCUUGUUGCUGUGCAAAUGGUUGCUCAGGCAUACGGUCUUCCAGUCCGAAAUGUGGAUGAAAUUUUUCAGUAUGCUAAGAAAAAAGGAUACACAAAUCAUGGUGAAAUGUUUUCCGCUGAUUGGUUAGCUGAUAUUGCGGUUUCGUUAUGGCCAAUGUUAGAUGUAGCAGUCGAGAAUAUUCCAUCUACAGCUCAAAUGGAGCAUUUGGUUCAAGAAAAUGCAUUAUUAUUAAUACCAUAUGAUUGUGGCAAGAAUCAUCAGCCAAGCAAUCGAGAAGGACGUAAUGCUCAUUGGUGCCUUGUUAUAGGAUUUCUUUGUCCUGUAAAAGAAUUGGAAACAAUAAUAUGGAAUAGAGCAAUUGCUCAUACCUGUUCCAAAGCUACACACGUAUUUUGUAUUCAUGGCAAAAGUCGUCAUCUAGCUGUAUGGAAUUAUUCACAGCUUGUUGCUAGUAAUUUUAAUCUACAUGAAGCAUCAACAAAAGUGAUCGAUUAUGUGAUACCAUCAAGUGAUCUUUCAACACUUCGAAAUCGUUGCCUUGUUGUUCGUUGUCAUCGUGAUAUCACUGCUUUUAAUGCUAUUUCCUAA